AUGUCCGACCCUCUCUCUGUUACCGGCAGCGCCGUCGGGGUCAUUUCUCUCGGGUUGUCUAUUUGCAACGCGAUCAUCCGCUAUGCUCAAAAUGCCCAAGGUCAAAGCGAUGAUAUGCAAUACCUUGCAACAAAAGCCUCCAAUAUCCGUUCAUUGCUAAAAAACUUACGCGAGUUAAUAGAAGAAACGGAGAACGAUUUACCGGAUGUCGCCGAAGAUCUCGAGUCAAAGGCAUUAGGUCUACAAGCAUACCUAGAUAAGCUGAAUGGGCCAAUUAAACAGUAUGAGCGAGCUCAAGUUGCGGCAACGGGUGUACGCUCCAGAGCUCGAAGGACAUGGGAAACAGCGGUCUAUCAUUUCAAAAAGGAAGAGCUUUUUGAAGUUCGAGAUUGUCUGCAAAGUAUGGAAAUGGAUCUAAACACAGCAUUGAAUGUGUUUUCAGCACGCGAGUUACAUAAAUUCGGGGCGAAGCAAGAUAUUUUUGGCUUCAAACAAGAUCUUCUCAUGGAGAAAAUGGACACACUCCAACUUUCCAUCACGACGACCUCUCACCAAACCGUCUUUCAAGAACCAACACCCUACUCAUUACCUUAUCGUGGGGACUCUAGUGUCCAGGGCUGUGGCUCACCGCUUGCCUACAAUUGGAAGAAUAUUCGAGCCAAACAGGGAAGAAAACAAUACAGGUUUUAUAGCAGGUGGCUGAGCCGCGCUUUCACUGGAACAUUUUGUCUCUCAACCGAGCCAGGCAUAUUUCCGAUCGUGUCAUUACAUUGCCAUACUGUUGUUAGCCCUGAAAGCUGCUUAGGCAUGAUGUUCUAUGAAGAAGGAUCUUUCGGAUAUUAUUUUGUACUCUCUCUAAAUGAGUUCGAGUUUUCCAAAAAAAUUGACGAUUGGAUCCAGACAAUCCAGUUUGCUAUUUCAGAAGGGAAGAUAAGGCCUACUGAUGAACUAUUGGCAGUUGGAAUGUCCCCUGACUCGGAGUUUGGACGCCAUCUCUCCCUGAUAGAUUUGGCUUUCCCAGGCCACUAUGCUUGGUUCAUACCUCUUGCAAUUCCGGCACUUCGCAAAUUCUGCAAAUAUAUGUUUGGUCAUAAUGUCACGACAAACUAUCGGAAUCCAUUUUCCUUCUUUCGCAAGCUUUGCAAAAGUUUUACUUGGACAGAAGAAGCACAUCAUCUAGCCUCUUACAUUAUCGAAAGAUGCGGGCCGAUAAAUUGGGCCCCGAGCACAUGGAUCGAAAAGAAAAACAUGCAAAGCCUUUUACGCAGGGAUGAGGAUUCUCUCGACCUGCCAUCUGAAUUUAUGGCAGUUCUCCGAGAGUCAGAGAGAGAUUUACGAGACCUUCUCGAGUCAAAACUAUCGUCUUCCCAACUUGAAGAUACCUUUGGUGGAAUUACGUUACUCCAGCUGGCAAUGGGCUGGCCCGCCGGUGUCACAUUACUGCUGAAAGCACAAUCAAGCAUCCAUUUACCCCGUCGGUACCAUGAUCCAGAUAGAGGAUUUGGUGGAAGAUUUGGUAUCGAGGAUGAAGACAAUAAAAUCGAUGAAUAUGUUGAAUCUUGCAAUAUCCUCCUUAAGGCCGGAUACAUAAUUUCGCACCAAGACAUUGAGAGAAGUUCGUCUAAUAUACUGAGAGGUUUACUUAUCAAGGAGCUAGCCAAAAGACGCAGGAAGCUCCUAGAUAUAGCGGAAGCGCAUAUAAGUCCUGGUGAAUUAUCUGAUCUCAGGAAAGGCGAGACUGGAAUCCCUGAUACAUAUGCUCCUGCACUAUGUGAUGCAUUAAUAGCAAAGGGACUCGGACACAAAAUCGAUCAAACAUUGAUGACUUCUGAAAGAAAAUCUCUCUUUUCUUAUGAUCUACCCACUGAGAUUCUGGACAAUAUAUAUGAGGCUGGAUUUACAGACGUGGAAAUACUCCCCGAAGAGAGAUGUACACCAUUAAUGGUCCAAUGCAUAAACUCAGGCUUCUGGUGGAAUUCAACAUAUAUGGCUACUGCAUGGAUGAUUUCAAAUGGAGCGAACCCUUUUCGGAAAUUUCCUGGGUCAAAUACUACGGUUUUACAUUGGAUAAAUGGAAGAUUGGCUUGGCAGAUCUACCUUCAAUUCCAGUUAGAUGGCCAUUUCGACCCUUACGUUGUACUACAUCACUUUCACCAAAUUGACAUGCAUCUGUUUUCUUUAUCAACCAGGGAUGCAUGUUCUUGUUCAUGUUCUCUUGAUGGAUGCACUCCAUUAUCGAUUGCUCUGCGGAAUGUUGUCGAUGAUUUGUAUCUGGGCGAUCAACACAUUGGCCAAGUUGCAUCCUGUUUUCGGCGAUUUCUUGAAUUCCUCCUCGAUCGCACUGGGAGCCAGUCCAAGCACGAGAUAUGCCACGCAAUGAUCAGAAGUCUCACGUUUGAUGGGCUAAGUCUGAGUCACACAUGUUGCACCAAGCUCCAGCGUGACGAAUCAGACCUUCAGGAAAUCAGAGAAGAGCAGAAAGUUGAUCUUGAAAGGUUUGAAAAGCUGGUAUUUGAGUUUGAUUCUCAGUUUGUUGCCCUCGGGCUUCCGUUGAUGGACUUCUUGCAGGAGAUUUGGUAUGAGCGAAUGGUUAAAUUCCUUUUAGAACGCGACAAAUAUGACCCCGAGCACCAUGAAAAGAUACGAGAACUUGGGAUCAAUUUUUGGGAGAUGGAUGAGAUUCAAAUACCUCUUGUUGUUCAAUUGAUUUGUGACCAGGUUAGGGUGGUUGAGAGUGACUCUGAGGAUUCGUGA